GGUGGUGGAGUCACCGUCACCCAACUGGUCACACCACCGUUGACAUACUGCCUGCUGGGAUGUAGCUCGCCGCCAGAGCGCUACAAACAUAGUUAAAAAUCUAGGAUUGUUUAUAAUAUUGGUCAAAAAUCGGCGAGGGAGGCAGCCCGGAACGCUUGGCUUGUAGAAGAAGGGAGGACAGGAGCGCGUUGCCAAAAUGAUGGAAGAAAUAGACAGAUUCCAAGUGCCGAGUGCGGUGCAGGAGGCAGAGAUGCAGUCUGAGAUGCAGCCGCUGGAUCCAGCCUCCUCCACUGCUUCAGAGGCAGAUUCAGACACCAGAGAGGGGGAACCUGUUAAUAUCAACUACAAGCCCUCACCCCUCCAGAUGAAAAUAGAGAAACAAAGAGAGCUGGCUAGGAAGGGCUCAUUGAAGAACGGCAACACUGUAGGUAGUCCAGUUAACCAACAACCCAAGAAGAACAAUGUCAUGGCCAGAACACGGUUGGUAGUACCCAAUAAAGGCUAUUCUUCUUUAGACCAGAGCCCAGACGAAAAGCCUCUGGUGGCCUUAGAUACAGACAGUGAUGAUGAUUUUGACAUGUCUAGAUAUUCAUCAUCAGGAUACUCAUCUGCUGAGCAAAUCAAUCAGGAUCUGAACAUUCAGCUUCUGAAAGACGGUUACCGCCUUGACGAGAUCCCAGACGACGAAGACCUGGAUCUGAUCCCGCCCAAAUCAGUCAACCCCACCUGCAUGUGCUGCCAGGCAGCCUCCUCCACCACCUGCCAAAUCCAGUAACACCGACCCCAAUGGCCUUCUGCUCCCUGUCCCUUUCCACACAACAUGACCUCCCCGCCUCUUCAUUUGCCACAAGUUUACCUCGCCACAAGAGUGGCGACAGCUAGGCAUUGGUAGAAUAUUGUCAUGACAGUUAAGUGCUAUGGUGAUAAUGACAAAUAAUCCAAAUAAGAAUUAGAAACUUUGGUUUAAAAGCUAGUAGAAGGAACAUAUAUGAGAAUAGUCUACAUGUAUUUGAAAUACUAGUAAAGUGGUGGAUUCCUCCUAUGGUAGGAAAAACACUUCGGUUGGGAGCUCCUCUCCUGGCGGAUAUCGUGUAAUAACACAGUGAUAUUAGCUGAAAAACAAGAAAAGGUCAGUUGAUGCUGUGAAGUGAUUUCAAUUGUCCUAAAGAGUAAUGAGCAUUAUCAUAACUGCUGUCUCAACUGCUUACCUGAACUCUGGUUUGCAUUUUUUCUAGUUUUGUUUUAAUUUAAAUGCUUACUUUUAUAAUCUGCGUGAUCAGUGCGAUUUUAUGUGUUAAUGUUGAAACAUAAGGAGGAGUGCGGAUUAUGGUCUUUGUACCGCCCAAAUGGAGGAUCUCUGGUACUGUACAGAGUUGUAAUGUAGCACAGGCUGGAUCAUUGCAUUCAUUAACACCACUGUCAACACUUCUGCUCCUCUGGCUAGAGAUGUUUCAUCACAGUGUUUAGGGUUGAAUGUAUGAACAUGAAUAGUUGAGGAACAAAUUGCAUGAAGAGCACCGGACAGAAUGGUUGAAUGGAAAAAAAAAAAAAAGCUUUUGCACAUUUGAUUUCCGUAGCGCCGUCACAUGCUACUGUUGUGGCAGCAGCUUGACUUGCAUUAUUUAGAAUUUGCACAUUUUGUUUACUUGUAUGGGUCCAUAUCUGUGCACUAUUUUCUUCACAGGCGUGACAGUGGCUUUUCAGAAAUAAACUGUGUUAAAAGGGAAGAUUACACAUCAUGGAACUGACCCUCUUACCACGAUGCUUACCAGUUGCCAAGGCCAAAGGAACUGAAGGGAUAAACUUUAGAUAGAUUUUCCAGCACAGUUUGUUGUCUUAGACCCUCACUUCUAUUUCUCUUCAGCGUCACAGGAUGAGACGUUCGCUGGACACUGCAGAUCAUACAGACCUACAAUGCCAAAACGAUAGGUAACAUGGCAUUCUCUUUUAACGAACAGGAUAGAAAGCAUUUUAUAACUGCAACAUCACGUCAAGGGUGGUUGAUUUGGAGCAUCAAUGUCCUUCAUUUACAACCCUCUCUUCUCUGAAUCAGUCGUUUAUUUACAAUUAGAGUAUGCCUUAAGUACAGAGAAGUCUAACGGUGUGUGUAUUUAUUGCUGUCUUGAUUAGUGUAUUUAAAGAUCAUUUGCUGUUGAUGAAGGUCCACAUUUAUUUUUAACAUGUAGAUGCAAGUUAAUCACUAUUUUUCUUUGGGUUUCCUUUUUUUAAAAUGAUUUUCUUGUAUUGUACAUGCUUCCAUUACAGUAUUUAACAUUGUUAUUGUUAUGUGCAGUGUAUGAAGAUGAUCAAUAAACACAAAGCAAAUGGGUCAUCUUC